AUGUUCCUCACCAGGACUGAGUACGAUAGAGGGUUCAACACUUUCUCCCCUGAAGGUCGACUGUUUCAAGUCGAGUACGCCAUUGAAGCUAUCAAGUUGGGUUCAACUGCAAUUGGGAUAAAGACCAAGGAGGGCGUAGUUCUUGCUGUAGAGAAGCGCAUUACCUCACCACUUUUGGAGCCUAGUAGUGUGGAGAAAAUUAUGGAGAUUGAUGAUCAUAUAGGGUGUGCUAUGAGUGGCCUAAUUGCUGAUGCCCGCACAUUGGUUGAACAUGCACGAGUUGAGACCCAGAAUCAUAGGUUUUCGUAUGGUGAGCCCAUGACUGUUGAGUCCACUACUCAAGCUCUUUGUGACCUUGCCUUGCGCUUUGGCGAAGGGGAUGAACCUUUUGGCGUAUCCCUUCUCAUUGCUGGCGAUGAUGAGAAUGGACCCAGCUUAUACUAUACAGAUCCCUCGGGCACUUUCUGGCAAUGCAAUGCAAAAGCCAUUGGGUCGGGCUCUGAAGGUGCCGACAGCUCUUUGCCGACAGCUCUUUGCAGGAACAGUUUAACAAGGAUCUGA